AUGCACGAGCAUGUCCCUAAGAACUACCUGCGUAUGCUGACGCUCCCAUGGGCUCACCUGCUCCUCCUGGGUGUGAGCCUCGCGCUGUUCCUGAGCUCCAGCUCCCUUCUUUCUCUGAUGGCUCCCGUCCUCUUACCUGCAGGCUGGCUUCUGAUGGACUCUUACUAUGUUCAGUACAUAGAGCGGUGUCUCAGGGAGGACCUGUGGGACAUACAGAAAACUUACAUGGAGAGGGAAGAUUCCCAUUUCUGGGUGGCUGAGUCUGAAGGGGAAGUGGUGGCCAUUGUAUCUGCCAAGCCCUGUCCCGUUAUACAGAUGGAGUGCCCGCUGGAAUUGGCAUGGCUGUCAGUCAGAUGGAGCCAUCGAAACAGGGGCAUUGCCAGAGCUCUGUCCAGGACAGUCCUUAGCUUUGCCCAGCAGCAUGGCUACAAGGCGGUGAUCCUGGAUGUUAGCAUGGUGAAUCUUGAGGGCCAGAGGCUGUAA